UUUUUAUAUGCUGAGAGAAAAGAGCCUGACGCUUGAGCGGGUGGAGACUGCUGCACAUUUAAAUCCCCCGGGUCGGGUUUUCAGCGUUUAGUAACUACAUAUUUUCCUUUUUUAUUUUCUUUCUAUUGUUGGAUUCUUUAGAACUGGUUUAAUGUCGUAAAUGACAGGUCUGUAAGGGCGUCGUUGUUGGGAAGUUUUUUCGAGGGGGGGUUUUGACCAGCAUAGGGCCAUGGCAGUCGAGGCUCGGCCGGAGCUGGUCGGGAAGCGGUUCCUCUGUGUCAGCGGGGACGAGCCGCCUGAAAUCGGCGACUUCGGUCGUUGGCCGUGGAGGUCCGGGGUCAUACGAGCCGUUAACCAUCGUGACAGCGACACUCCCGACCUGACGGUAUACGUGGAGUUUGACGACCAGGAGUGGGAGAACAGAGAGUGGGUGAAGGUCUAUGAGGAUUUCCAGCUGUUUCUGCUGGAGCACCAGCUGGUCUGGGCCAAGAGGAAGGAGGGAGCCGGAGGAGCGGGAGGAGCGGGAGCAGGUGGAGGAGCAGGAGGCGUGCUGCAAGGAACCAAGGCCAAACACAUACAGUGGCCUGCCCUGGCGUUUAAGCCAGUGGUGGGGAAGAGCCUGUUGUCGUCAGUAACAGCGGUGGAAUUCUUAUUAGACCGACAGCUGGACUUCCUGUCUGACCAUUCAGCCUUCCAACCAUACCAGGAUGAGGUGGACAGCCAGAACCCAGUGUUAAGAGAUAACCAUCAGCUCCAUGAAGAAGUGAGGGGCUGGCUCAAAGACCAGAAGGUGCAGGAAAUUUUUAUGCAAGGUCCCUAUUCAUUGAAUGGCUACCGCGUGCGUGUGUACAGACAAGACUCGGCCACCCAGUGGUUCACUGGCAUCAUUACACACCACGACCUCUUCAGUCGAAACAUGGUCGUUAUGAAUGACCAGGUGCUAGAGCCUCAGAACGUGGAUCCAUCUAUGAUCCAGAUGACCUUUCUGGAUGAUGUGGUUCACUCCCUGCUGAAAGGAGAAAACAUCGGCAUCACUUCCAGAAGAAGGUCACGAUCCAGCCAGAACAACAACACUGCCCACAUGGCGGGAGGGAGACCCGGCGGGACCACUGGCAACACUCAGAGUCAUUACACACGAGCCCAAGCCAACAGCCCCCGCCCCAUUAUGACCUCAUCAGGCCCCAACCCAAAAGGUUCCCAGGGGACGCUGGCCUCUCAACAGCAGAGCCAAUCACAGCAAAGCCAGCAACCAGCCAGCCAAUCGCACCACUCGCCCAGCGGCAGUGGGAGGGAGCAGAGGGAGCAGCGCAAUUCCCGCUCCUCCAGGAGGAAAGGAUCCGACAGCAGUGUUCCAGAGGAGGAUAAGGACAGGAGAGAAGAGACCACAGGGAGAGACUCCAAGUCCAAGGCUAAGCAGGCGCUGAACAAACGCAGGAAGGGCGAGGAAGAGGAGAAGAAGGCAGGUCUAAAGAGGCUGAAAACUGACAUGACCUCUGAUCUGUCAGAGAGCAGCGACUCAGAAAACCCACACAACAAGAGGACCUCAUGCUCCUCUUCCUCCUCGUCCUCAUCAUCCUCCUCCUCCUCCUCCUCUUCCUCCUCCUCAGAGCCCAACUCCGAGAAUGAGCUAAAGACUCGCAGCACUGAUGUGAAACAAAGUGGUGUUUCCAAAAAGGAGGAGGAGGAGAAGCCGCUGAUGCAGGCCACCAAAAUGAAUAAUUCUUCGUCUCUUAUUGGUCGCCUGUCCCCGUGGGUGGAGCUUCAGGCAGCGGAGGACAGCAAGAAGGGCGUGCUUAAGGAGACCGGCAAAAUGACAACGAAGGAGGAGGAGGAGUUGGUCGCGGUAACACAGAUCACCCAGUCCCCGCGGCAACAGACGCCUCUGAUGUCCGACACCGUCCAGGGCGGCAGUAUGGAGAGCAGCAAGAACACUGUGAAAGCAUCACCUCGAUCCCAGACGCCAUUGUUGUCCCACCUGGGAGGCGGCAGUGUGAUCGACAUCACAGAUGAGGCCCAGGCCACGGUGCACCAGGAGAGUUCAGAGGCAGUGUCAGCCCUGCUCGCCUCCCAGAAGGCCGAGUCCACGGCCCUCUCACCUUACCUCCCCCUCAACCCCUCCCCCGUCUCCUCGCCUCCCGUCCCUCCGUCUCCCUCACCAUCAGAAGGAGGCCGCAGGAUGGAUAUUGAGCCUCCCAUGCAGCAGCAGCAGGGCAUUAUGGGAAGUGGCAUGACAGCAGCCAGGAGCUUAGGCAACAAGAUAGAGUUUGCUCCCUCUGAGGUCAUCAGGCCUGUCACAUCGAUGGUUCAAAAUGUGGUGUUGGUGGAGAAGGAGAAAACUGUCCUUCCUCUUCAUCUUCAUCAACAGCAGCAGCCACAGCAUCAUCAUCAUCAGCAGCAGCACACACAACAACAGCAGCACUACACAUCUAUCCACCCCGGCAUUAAGAGCCCGUCUCUGUCCGAGGAGACGAGAAAACACCCACAGCAUCAACCGACCCCCCACAAGAUGAACACAGUCCUCCCACCUGACUUAACCAAAUCUAGAAUUAGCCCCAACCUAGCUCAGCUUGACUCCUUCAAACAGAAACCCCAGCACCCCAACAACUCUCAGAGCCAUCUCUACCCCAACACAAACCCAGUUGACCUUCUCAAGGCUAAGCCCCACCCGGGCCUGCUGGACAUCUCUAAACCUAAACCCAACACCUCUCCCGAGGUCUCUAAACAUAAAAUACAGAGGUACCCUGAUACCUCCCCACCUGUGAUAGGCCGUUUGUCGGCUAAAGUAGAAGCAGCUGAAGCUCCGCGGUCUGGUUUCAAGCCGGUGGCGGCGCGGUCGGAGUCAGGGGGAGUCGGUGCGAGCGUCAGCAGCAGCACCAAGAGUCCUCUGAUCAUCGAUAAGAACGAGACCUUCACCGUUUACAGGGACCCGGCGCUGGUCCGCUCCGACGCAGAGAACUCUGUCUCGGCCACAGUCUCCUCCAACCACGUGGCAGCCUAUCUCCACCCCCACCUGCACACCCUUCAUUCCCCCUCCCCUCACUCCCCCUGUCUCACUUCCGCAUCCCACUCCCACGCCGCCUCCCACCUCCUCGCCCCCCCUCACACCUCUGCCCUGCCACAUCCGCAUCUUUUACCCCCCGGAGUGCUCCCGGCCAUGCCUCCUCCCGCAGCAUCUCUCCUCGGGGGCCACCCUCGGCUUGACUCCCCCAGCGGGUUGGGCCACCUUGCCCUGCCUCACGCAGCAGCCGCACACCAGCAGCAAUUCCUACAGGGUCAGGGCCCUCCUCCACCCCCUCUACUAGCCCAGGCUCACAGCGGGGCAGCAGGGCUGGGCCUUUACCCCAUCCUCUGGCAGUACCCCAACGGAACACCAACCUCCUAUCCCCCAGGGCUCAACCUGCCCCCCACAGCUAAGUGGGUCCACCCGGAAAAUCCUGUCACCGUGAAUUCCGAGGCCUCUCUCAGGAGGAACACAGCCAGUCCGUGGCUGCACCAGGGUGCCGGUAGUGCUGGCGACGGUCUGGGUUUGCUGAGCCACGUUCCCGUUCGGCCAGCCAGCGCCGACGCCCACCGCCCCCCGGUCAAGAUCAACACCCACGCAAGCCCUCCGCUGUCAAAGUCCAGCAUGAAUGCCCAUAAAGAAGAUGUGGAUAAGAAAGGCUUCGUGGACCCAAUCAGGACGUUGACAUUGGCCCAGUUGAAACAGGAGCAGACAGACAGGAGUCGAACCCCCACAGGGAAAGACGUCCACCUACACCGCCUCUACCUGGACCCCCACUGCAAGGCUCGCCAGGUAAAUACACAGGAUGCGAUUCAGGCAGCAGACCGAGCCAGUAAAUACAAAGAGGAGAAUCGGCAAAUCCUGAAAGAGAGCAUCGAGGUCGCUCCCUUCACCGCUAAGAUCCAGCGCUCCAGUGACCCUGGGAUGGAUAGGGACCGAGAGAGGAGCAGAGAUCCAGCCUUCCCUGUGCGGUUACCAGCUCUUGCCUCCCCAGGCCCCAAGGCCGGUCACAUCCAUCCCCACGUCAUCCAAUCAGAGAAGAGCAAUUACUUCACCACGCUGUCCAACAGUGUAGUGAAUGAGCCUCCAAGACUUUACCCCUCCAAGGAGCUCAGCUCUUACUAUGAGAAAGUGUCUGGCGGAGCUCCAGGGGUUGUGGCCAGUGUCGGGGCCACUGUGCCAAGCCAGGGAGCUCUGUCCCUGGGCAGCUAUAGCUCCAAAACCUCUCUCUCCAAGCCCCCUCCCCUCAUUAAGCACCAGCCAGAGGGAGGAGAGGGUUUAGCAGGGAAAAUCACUGAGCAGCUCAGCCAGCAGGUGACACUAGUCCAACAGCAGCAUUCGCACCACACAGGUAUAGACAGGAUAGAACGCCGCAGCCCUGCCAUUUCUCCUUCCUCCUCUAUGUCUCUGUCUUCCUCCUCAGCACCCAACCACCACCACCAUCACCACCACCAACAACAACAGCAGCAGCAGCAGCAGCAACAGCUCAGGGCAAUGCCAUCUCUCCACCGAGCACCUGUGUUCCAUCCGCCCACACAGCACGCACUAGAACGCAGAGAGGCUGUGGAACGAGAGAGGGAGCGGGAGAAGGAAAGAGAGAGAGAGAGGGAGAGAGCAGCUUAUGGUGGACGUCUGUCUCCGCCAACACUCACACCCAUCCAGCCAGUUAGCUUACCGGCAGCUGGUAGUAAAACUUCAGCGGAGCAGCAGAAGCCCCCCACGCUGCUACCGGAACUCAGGGACGUCAAAGGUCAUGGAAACGCUGCCGUCGUCACCUCUGUGGCGUCGGCCAUCAGUGGGGAGAUCAUGACUUCAUCUACAGACGCGUGGAGAGGUGGAGAGAUGAUUCAGGAAAGACGAGGCUCAUUCUCUGGAGAGAAAGGAGUGUCAAGGGGCAAGCCCCAAUCCGCAAUGGCAUCAGUCAUUGUGCGUCCAUCGACAUCUGUUAAGUACGACAGUCCUCCUGGUGCUAACAAAUCUGGUGCUAUGCUCCUUAAAGAGCUCCCCCAGGGGAGGUUCUACCCAUCCAAGCUUCAGGGGGAAUGCCUCAGACUAGGGGAGAGUGUUAGAGAAGCUGUAGCUGGCAGGGUUAUCCAACCCAACUCAAACCUGGACGACAUGUGUGUCCAGUAUAAAAAUACUUACAUGCGUGGCAUGCAGGGAACUAUGGGGGCCAGUAUCACAAACUCUGUGUGCAGGACUGCUAUUUCAGCCGCAUCAGCUUUUGGCGUACAGAGUAUCAGUGGGACAGCCAUCUCUGAGCUGGGCUACUCUGUCUCAGCUCGAGGAGAGAUCUCACCCCAUAGCGCUGGCUUUUGUGCCCGGGUGCUGAGCCACUCAGGACCAGGAGAGUACCAGGAGGGGUUAGGCUCACGCAACACAUCACCAGGGGGGUCUCUGCCUCCCUCUAGUCCAGCAGGGACACCCCAGCCCAGUCCAAGCCUCACCCCAACACCUUCCUCCAUUUCUGGCUCCAGUCAGCCUUACUCCUCCUCCUUUGUCCACCUUAAGAAGCACAAAGCGGCCUUGGCUGCCGCCCAAUCCAGAAGCAACUUCUCCACUGCUCCAACAUCCAUCGCAACUGGAAACUGUUUCCUACCUGUGGAUUCAGUUGACAAAACUCCUAUUCACAACUCGCCCCCUCCACCCCCCAGCCAAGCCUCAUCGUCUUCGGUCGACAGCAGUAGCGGCAGCUCGGCAAGUGGGAGCACAACAACGGGCAAGUCCAGUCCCCUGCCCAACGGCCAGAGCUCUGGACCAGCCUCAACAAGCAGUGGGCAGCCCAGUAACUACCACAAGCUGAAGAAAGCCUGGUUAACCCGGCACUCAGAGGAGGACAGGAACACAACUGCCACUAUAUGCUCCACCAGUACUAAACCAGAGAAACUGCCCAGCACCACCACCACCACCACCACCAGCACAAGUAACACCUCCGCCAUGGCAGAAAUGAUCAAACCCUGUACAGUCAAUCUCAGUGCCUCCACCUCCAGUGAGGUGGAGAUGAGCAAAGAAAGUGCAAGCAAAGUGGAGCGAGAGAGGCAGCUGGAGGAGAAGGGGGGAGGAGGAGGAGCGGAGGAGAGGAAAGCAGCUCCCUCAUCAAGGCGAGGGAACAAGCGGUCAUACGAGUCGGGUUCCGAGAGCGGGGGAGAUGACUCCGACGCCAGUGAGAGCAAAAUGGAAGGUAGAGCCAAGCGUCAGCCUAAACCCACCUACAAGAAGAAGCAGAAUGAUAUGGCCAAGAAGAAAGGAGACAACGAAAAGGAGGAAGAUGACGUGAAGCCCAAUGGCAUCUUCAGAUCGGCCCGAGAGAAGACUAAACUCAAACUAGCCAGCAGCAAUGGGAUCCCCCGCUCUGUCCUGAAGGACUGGAGGAAGGUGAAGAAGCUGAAGCAGACCGCGGAGUCUUUCCUGCAGGAUGACUCGUGUGCUGAAAUUGGACCCAACCUGCAGAAGUGUCGGGAGUGCAGGGUGGUCCGCAGCAAGAAGGGAGAGGAGCCGACACAUUCUCCUGUUUUCUGUCGCUUCUACUAUUUCAGACGGCUUUCCUUCAGUAAAAAUGGAGUCAUCCGGAUGGAUGGCUUCUCCACUCCGGACCAGUUUGAUGAUGAAGCACUGGCCCUGUGGGUCCCUGGGCUGAUGGAGGAGAGCCACCUGGACCAAACCACAGCCAAGUACAUCCUCAGCUUCAUAGGAGACAAGUUCUGUCAGAUGGUUGUGACUGAGAAUACUGCAGCCACCUGGGUCAAGAAGGAUGCCAAGCUGGCGUGGAAGCGAGCGGUGAGGGGGGUGAGGGAGAUGUGUGACGCCUGCGAGGCAACACUCUUCAACAUCCACUGGGUCUGUCAGAAAUGUGGCUUCGUUGUCUGCUUGGACUGCUACAAGGCCAAGGAGAGAAGGAGCUCCAAAGAUAAAGAACUAUACGGCUGGCUUAAGUGUGUGAAAGGCCAACCCCACGAUCACAAACACCUGAUGCCCACACAGAUCAUACCUGGCACAGUGCUGACAGAGUUGGUGACUUCCAUGCACUCUCUGAGAGAGAAACACAACAUCAAAUCCCACUGCCCCUGCACCAACAAGCAGAACCUCCUCACCAAACUACCAGCCACCAACGGAGUCUCACAGGUUCUGCAGAACGUCCUGAACCACAGUAACAAACUGUCCCUGGUGAAAGCUGAGCCGGGCUCUCAGCAGAACUCUGACCAGGGAGGAACCAAGGCGGAGACUAACGGAGGGCGCGGUGGAGGAAGCAGUCCAGGCAGCGACGCAGGAAGUGCUCCUGUCACCCCGCCCGAGUCCCAGUCCCCUCUGCACUUCCUGGCUGACCUGGCAGAGCAGAAAUCCAGGGAGGAGAAGAAAGAAAACAAGUCUGUGCUGCUUGGUAAAUCGGUCAAGGAAGACAAGGACGGGGACAGCCUGGAGGUCCUGCAGCAGUGUAAAACCACCUCACUGGUGGCGAAUAGUACAGAGCAGGGCUCCACACUCAGAGAUCUGCUCACCACCACAGCAGGGAAGCUGAAGCUGGGCUCCACCGAUGCAGGAAUUGCCUUUGCACCAGUCUACUCUACUGCGUCACAGACUGGGAAAGGUGGGAGGACCAUGCCCAAUAUCCUUGAUGACAUCAUUGCUUCAGUAGUUGAGAAUAAAAUCCCUGCCAGCCGCCAGAGCAUCACCACCAAACUGUCAAUUAAGCAGGAGCCUGUCGCCCCAAGCAACAACAACAACAACAACAUCCCUGUCCCUGCUAUUACUGAGGAUGCAAAACCAGACAGGAAGAAGUCAGCGCAUGUUACUGCAGCAGUGCCAGAAGAAUCAACCAAUCAGUAUCCAGAUAUUCCCCACUGCUGGUUAAACAACAGACGGUUACUGUGGCUCAAAGAUCACAGCAACCAGAACAACUGGAAGCUGUUCAGAGAGUGCUGGAAACAAGGACAGCCUGUGUUGGUGUCAGGGAUCCAUAAGCGACUGAAUGGCGGCCUGUGGAAAGCUGACUCCUUCAACCAGGAGUUUGCAGACCAUCAGGGAGACCUCCUGAAUUGUAAAGACCAGGUUGUGUCCAACUCUGGGAUCAAGGAGUUCUGGGACGGAUUUGAGGACAUCACUAAGCGGCCCAAGUCCAAGGAUGGAGAACCUAUGGUCUACAGACUGAAGGACUGGCCGUCUGGAGAGGAGUUCAUGGCCCUCAUGCCCUCAAGGUAUGAUGACUUGAUGAAGAACCUGCCCCUGCCAGAGUACUCGGAUCCAGAGGGCAACCUCAACCUGGCCUCCCACCUGCCAUCUUUCUUUGUCAGGCCAGAUCUGGGGCCGAGACUCUGCUGUGCCUACGGUGUAGCUGCUUCUCAGGACCAGGACUUUGGGACUGCCAACCUCCAUGUGGAAGUCUCCGAUGUCGUCUCUGUGCUGGUCUAUGUAGGAGUAGCCAAAGGCAAUGGAGUCCUGUCCAAAACUGGAGUGUUGAAGCGCCUGGAGGAGGAGGAUCUAGAUGAGGGCGUUCGAAGAAGGCUCAAAGACUCCAGUGAGACCCCCGGGGCUCUGUGGCACAUCUACCUCAACAAAGACAUGGACCAAGUCCGAGAGUUCCUGCACAAGGAGCAGGGAUUGGACGUGUCGCUGGACCAGGACCCAAUCAGAGAGCAGGGCUUGUACCUGAGCAGGAAGCAGCGUCAGCGGCUGCUGGAUGAACACGGAGUCCAGGGCUGGACUGUAGUUCAAUUCCUGGGAGACUCUGUACUUAUCCCAGCAGGGGCCAUGCACCAGGUCCAGAACCUCCACAGCUGUGUCCAGGUCAUCAAUGACUUUGUGUCUCCCGAGCACGUGGCCAACUCCAUCCACCUGACCCAGGAGCUCCGGCCCAAUAAAGAGGAGGUCAACUACGAGGAUAAACUACAGGUGAAGAACAUUCUGUACCACUGUGUGAAGGAGGUGGUGAGCUCCCUGAAGAGGGCCAGCGAUGAGGAAGACGAUGAGGAAGAGAACUCAUGACCCCCUCAGCAUGGUCCUCACCUUCCAGGGAGGGACACGACUCCCAUCAGCACCGAGGACUGUGCCACGUGACCGGGUCAGAGCCGUUCAUGUGACCCAGAAGAGCUGCAUCACACAGCCAGGUGGCCAGUGAGAGGCCGGCCCACCUCUAUCAUCCCCCCGAACCUUCAGUGCCAAAAGGAGACAAAGACAAGACCAGAGGGGCCACUGGACUGACAGGGAUUAAACCUCAACUACCACACCUCUUUGUUGUUUCAUAGACUCAGAACACAAGGAGGACAGAGGCAUUCUGGGAAACAGAGGACAACGUGAAGGUUGGGAGCCUUAUGAAGCCACUACGCUGGAGUGAAACAGCUCUACAAGCCCCCACUGACGCAAAACUCUUUAGUGUGACUGAUGGUGCAUCCUGUGAAGAUCCAGUUUCCAUGGAGACUGCCCUGUAAGCUGAAGUUGACAGGUUGGAUGGCAGCAGCAGUGCUGAUGGAGACCCUGAGCCCCCUGCUGCUCUCUCACUCGGAUCUCUGUGGAUUAUAAAGGCCAGGAAGGUUUAAUCCCUGUCUGUAGCAGCAGCCAACGCGUCUUGGACAGAAGAUUUCGCUGAUUACAUCAACAUCACCAGCAGCAAGCAGCAUUAGGAUCCAAACUGUCAUCUCUGCUGUUUUAAAGAAAUCUCGAAGAAAAAAACAAAAGAUUUGAGGGAGAAAAAAAACGCAACGAGAAAUCUCAGAAG